UGUUGGCUAGUUUUUUCUGUCUUUUGUUUUUGUUUGGCCUCGCUUUUUAGGACAGCAACAUCGUUAUUUAUACCCUCCCGCGAGUACCUUUUUUCUGCAAAAAAAGUAAAACAGAAAAUGAGAAAAAAAAAUAAAAAUAAAUAGUUCAUGAGUUCUGGGUACUGACUAGAUCACUCGCUUUAUUGGACUUGUGAAUUCUUUGUCAAACAGCAACUCAAACUGUGUUGACUGAUCAGAUUUGAGUCGUAGAACCCAACAAUGGAGGAGAAGAGUGACAAAACUCUGCAACAAAGCGGUUCUGUUCAUCUCACAAAAUCGAUUCGUUGCAUCGUCAAACUCGGAGGUGCAGCAAUUACUUGCAAGAAUGAAUUAGAGACCAUAAAUGAAGAGAAUCUCAAGAUGGUUUCCUCGCAGCUGAGGCAAUCGAUGAUUGCUGGUUCGUCUUCUGGAAAGGUUCUUGGGAUGGAUUGGAGCAAGAAAUCUGGAGAACCAGAAAUUUCAUUCACUGUGGAUGAUUUCGAAGAUCAACCAGUUGCGGAGUCGAGCCCUUUUGUAGUUGUUCAUGGAGCAGGCUCUUUUGGGCACUUUCAAGCUAGUAAAUCUGGGGUGCAUAAAGGAGGAUGGAAUCGACCCCUGGUCAAGGCUGGUUUUGUUGCCACCCGCAUAUCUGUUACGAAUCUCAAUCUUGAAAUUGUUAGAGCCCUAGCCAGAGAGGGGAUUCCUUCCAUAGGAAUGUCUCCAUUUGCAUGUGGAUGGUCAACUAGCGAAAGGAAUAUAGCCUCAGCUGAUUUGUCUGUAGUGACCAAGGCUAUUGAAUCUGGUUUAGUACCUGUUCUGCAUGGAGAUGCUGUGCUCGAUGACUUACUGGACUGCACCAUAUUGAGUGGGGAUGUUAUCAUCAGUCAUCUAGCAGCACACUUGAAGCCUGACUACGUUGUUUUUCUUACGGAUGUUCUCGGGGUAUAUGAUCGUCCACCAUCAGAACCCAAUGCAAUACUCUUGAGAGAAAUUGCUGUGGCUGAAGAUGGGAGCUGGUCCGUUGUGAGGCCAACACUUCAGGACAUGAAUACUCGAGUUAAAACUAGUGUAGCAGCCCAUGAUACAACUGGUGGAAUGAUGACCAAGAUAGGAGAAGCUGCAAUGAUUGCAAAGCUAGGGAUCAAUGUCUAUAUUGUGAAGGCAGCCACAAGCCAUGCGUUGAGGGCCUUGAGCGGUGAAUUGCAAGGCGAAAUUCCUGAUGAUUGGCUUGGAACAUUAAUCCGGUUUUCAAGUAAAUGACCAUCUGAUGCUAGAGUCGCUGAACAGUCAACACUUGAAAAAAGACAAACUUCUGGUACUGAUUCCAAUGAAUCUUACUACAUGAAUUGUUUGAAUGCAACACUAGAAAACUGAUUGUAAUAUACUGAAAAUCUUUAGUUUUGUUGAUAUCUGAGUUGGCAUCAAAAUGAUAAUGAGUUGAGAUUCACAUAAUCCAUUAGUUCAGGGUUGAGAAUUUGGAAUGCCAGCCUCUAUUCUGUUUGAUAUAGUUGACAGUGACUAGGUUUCUGUGUUCA